AUGUAUAAACUUGAAAGCUUUUGGAGUUUGAAUAGCAAUAAUAAAGCUCAAACUCCUAUCCUUAUCAAAGUAUUCACAAAUUAUCUUCAAAUCAUUUCAACUAUUUCUACCUUUUAAUUACAAGUACCAGCAGGAUUAGCUUCAGUUGUUGGUAAUCCUAUUGAAUUACUUGCUUAUUUUUUAGAUUGCUUCUUAUUUAAUAUCAAAGAUAUAUUGAUAAUAUACUUUCUUUUAAAUUGGAACUUAAUUAUGACUUCUUCAUAUAUAAUAGUUAUUUUUACUAUUGUAGCAAUUGCAAUAAUUACUAAACAAACACAAUUUAAUUUUUCUUUAUAUUUACAUCAUUGA